CAAACACCCUCUAUUCAAAUCAAAUUUUUUUACAUACAAUUUUAUUUGAUAGUUUAAUGAUUUUUUUUUCUUUUGAAUCUUUAACAUCAAAGUACAAACACAUUUUCACAAAAUCCAUUGAAAUUAAUAAUUAUUUUAUAAUAAUUUGGUUGAGAAGAAAGUACAUGUUUAAUUCGGUUAUAAAUAAGCGCACACAGGACAUGCUUAGAUAAGGAAGUGACUAACUGUUCCAUUUUUCACUCGCCCCCUUCCGACCAUUUUCACCGGAAAAUUCUCUAUUUACAGAGACAUGUUUGCAGAAGAAAAUGGCUUACAUGGAGACCCAAGGAUAAAGGCCAUUUCAGAUGCCAUAAGAGUCGUUCCUCACUUCCCUAAACCAGGGAUAAUGUUUCAAGAUAUCACAACGCUGCUGUUAGAUCAAAAGGCGUUCAAAUACACCAUUGAUAUCUUUGUCGAUCGUUACAGAGAUAAGAAAAUUUCAGUUGUUGCUGGAGUGGAAGCUAGAGGAUUUAUAUUUGGCCCUCCAAUUGCAUUGGCUAUUGGUGCUAAAUUCGUUCCAUUACGCAAACCAAAAAAAUUGCCAGGUGAAGUUAUAUCUGAAGCAUAUGUGCUCGAGUACGGUACGGAUUGUCUAGAGAUGCAUGUCGGGGCGGUGCAGCCAGGGGAAAGCGUGUUGAUUGUAGACGAUCUGGUGGCCACAGGUGGGACCCUCUCGGCAGCCAUAAGGCUUUUAGAACGUGUUGGAGCCGAGGUUGUUGAAUGUGCAUGUGUAAUUGGAUUACCACAAGUGAAGGGUAAUUGGAGGCUAAAUGGCGUACCAAUGUAUGUUCUCGUGGAGCCUCGUCUAACCGACUUGGAAUGUAGCUUGUGAGAGAUGUUGAAGAAAAUAUUAUUGGGAAAGCUUUUGGGGUUUUGGAGUAGUGGGGAUUUGUUGGGGAGUCUUGAGGGCUUAAAACAUGACUGGAGCUUUUCAGAAGAAUUGGUUUUGUGGGGAGAUGGUGGCAUUGGUGUAAUUGUUAGGGUUUUUUUUUUGGGGGGUUAUUAGGGAUUUUACCCGUUGGAAGAUUAGCUUUAUGGGUGCAUUUUGUAGGUGGAUACAUUACUUUAAUUGGAUUCAGAAGUUGGAUUAUGAAUAUAUGGUUUAGUGAUUUCUUCAUGAAUCAUCAUUGGUUUUAAUUCAAUUCACAACUUUUUCUUCCAUCAUAAAAAAUAAAUACCACAAAAGACUAAUAAUGAUUCAUGCAUUUUACCUCGUAAUCAAACCUCG